AUGAGACUUUUAGAGAAACUUCGGAAUAAUGGAGGAACGAAAGAUGAAAUAUUGAUGAAAACCUAUGAAGAUCUUGGUGAUUUGUAUUCCAAUUCCAGCGUGAAGUGUUAUUCAGAAGCAAUAUAUUCUUAUUUAAAGCAGUUAGCAUUGAGUGAAAUACUUGACAAAUCCAAUCAAGAAAAAGCUGUGAUCUGUUUCUCCAUAGCUCAGUCUUAUUCAGAUAAUGAUCAGUACAGCGAAGCAAAAGAAUAUUAUCGUAAAAAGCUGUUGUUACUAAAAGGGAAACCAAAGGAAGAGUGUGAUACUUGGUGCGAUAUUGCUGAAGUGACUGAGUUAGCUGGUUUGGAAGAGAUCGAAAAAGCAUACAAUAACGCUUUGGAGUGUGCAAGAAAAUGUAAGAACGCAAACAGAGAACUUCGUCUUCUUAAAUUGUUGUCAGAAUUGAGAAAGAAGCAGAGGAAUGAAGGGGGUGAGGAAUGUAAAAUUUAAAGUGUUAUAUAGAGUUUUUGGCCACUGAGAAAAAUCGUAUUUAAACACACGUAAAAAAUACGAUAUUUUUACGUGUGAAAAUAUCAUUUGUUGUACAACGCAUUGCCACGGACGUUUUAUUGUUUUUCACUGAAUUUUGUUUAUAUAAUAAACAGAAAAAUACAUGGGUGCUUGGAAAUACUAGAUUCAACAUUCGAAAUAAUGUGGUAUUUCCAAGCACCCAUGUAUUAUUCUCUAUUUAUUUUAUUUAUUUUACAAUCCAUGCUAAGACUUAAGACCAUAUCUCAUUCUGUUCAAGCACACAGCUAACUGCACGAAUUCUUAUGCAAUAUGUGUGACCGGGACAGAGCUUGUUUUCCAACGUGUCGUAACGGACUGUAGCGUUUUUGUUUGUUUAUACUGUCGUUAGUUUCACACUAGUACUCAGGAAGCAAAGAGAAACGAUAUAUUUUGAUACGAAAUAGUUGAAGUAGAAAACAGGCUUUUCACGUUCAAUUUAUCCUAUGUGCUCAAAAAACAAAGUCAAUGAUGCUACAUUUCCAGAGUCUGUACGAUUGUUUUCAGAAUCACCACAGCCAUGAAAAACUAGUUUCAUUAGACACUGCCGAGUACGACGAAUAAUUUGUUUGUCUUGCUCUACCCAUUGCGCUAUCGAGUCAAUGGGGAUUGGUAACGAGUGUUAUCAAUUUAAGUGCACGAAAUGUUUUUUUAGACCAACCUUUGGUGCUGAUCAUGCUGUAUUGCAAAUUUGAUUUUCUUUCGUUUGUAGUUACUCCGGAUGCUAAGAUUGGAGACAGUGAGAUAUCAGAAGAGCAAUCUGAAGAACAAUCAGAGGAGCAAUCUCAGUUUGAUGAGGAUGAUGAUGACGGAGAUCGCUUGAUUGAAAAGGAAAUGGAAUUUUCUGAUUCCGAUGAUGAGCAGCAAGACGGAGGCAAAUAUGGUAAUUUAAUCCACAUAUCCUAUUUUAAAAUACUAUGUACUGUAAUAGACUCGCGUAACGUCACAAAUGUAUCAAAACAAUACGUGACUGGAUGGUAUGAAGAACAGUAGGAGUAGGGUUAGUGUUAGUCAAACCGUUGCUUUGUUACGUUUUGUCACUCUGAGGCCAGCAAAAUAAUUUCUUCCAUGAAACACCAGUACCUUACAAUUCUUGCAUUAUUCGUUUUUUCAGGUGGAACAGUUUUACAUGUUGCUGCGAUCAAUGGUGACUAUCAUCUCGCCAAGACUAGCAUUGAGAAAGGAGUUAGUAUUCACGCACGUGAUUAUUGUGGUUGGCAGCCACUGCAUGAGGCCUGUAAAUAUGGAAACCAGGUUGUUGUGGAGUUAUUACUUGAUAGUGGUGCAGAUAUUGACGACCCAGGUGGACUUCACUGCAGAGGGAUGACUCCGUUACACGAUGCAGUUCAAAAUGGCCAUGUUGAUGUUGUAAAACUGUUGAUAUCACGUGGAGCGUCCGUUACUCUACCUAAUAGUGACGGCCACACACCCCUGGGCCUCGUGUUACAUUCCAUUGUAGAAGAUGAAGAUGAUUCAAACGAUCCUGAUCCAGACUUGGCUGAAAUACGAGAAGAACUCACUACAAUUCUUAGAGAUGCUACAAAUAUUGGAAAAAUCGAAUUUUCUGACGAUAGCGAUUUAGAAUCUUCUCAGGAUUUCUCAGAAAAUGUUUCUAAAAAGACUGAGGAAAUUUCACGGAAACGGAAAACUGCUUUACCUGAGCUUGAUAGCGAUGAGGAGAACACUCCUAGAAAUUCUAUGAAUGUUAAUCGGAAUAAAGAAAAGGUUGCUAAGGUUUCUAAGAAUACUGAGAGUGUCUCUUGCUUAGAUAACGAAAGUCAACAUAUAUAUAAUGGGACAAUCCUGGAAAGUCAAGAUAGGAUGAGUGAGAUUCCUAGAACAGUUUCUAGAACCGCCAACACAACUUCUAAAAGUCCAAACACGACGGGGUAUGUUGAUCCUGUAACUGGAAGUACGCAGGAAGACACUCAGAUCCCCCAGAGCCAGCCAUCUGAGCCUACAUCAUUAUCCAGCGGUGUCACUAUUGCACCAAUGAGGUUACGAGUGAGGGUGAAGGACAAAAUGUUCUUGAUCCCAUGUCCCAAUGUCCCUGGGAAGAGGAAGACUGUCAAGUGGUUGGCUGAACAGGUUUGACGGUUUUUAUUUCCCGUCAUUUUGUUGGUUGACGACCAACCAACGCUUAUAUCACCUUUUCUUUACAUUUCAGGCAACAGUUCGUUAUCUUUCAGCCAGUGGUUUAAAACUCGUAUUAUCCUUAUCUACCAUUGAUGGAGCCGCUCUAUUCCCUGCUGAUUUCAUUACAGACGUAUUCUCCAAUAACGAGCUAGUGAAUGCAACCGUGGAGACGAGGGACCUACCUCCACUAGCUGAACGUUAUUGA